CACACAUUUCGUCUUUCAUUAUUUCUAUUUUUGUUUUGUCGGACAAAAAAUAAAAUGAAGAGCAACACAAACACUAAUCUGAUUCUCUUCCACCACCACUCUCCACUAACUUCAAAAUCACCCUCCGCCGUCGCCGCCGCGAAUCACCACCGUUUCUUAUUCAUCUUCUUCCUCUCUUUCUUCACUCUCCUCUUCUCUUUCUCUCUCUUCUCCUCCUCAAUCCACUCCACCACAUCCUCUCACUCUCUCUCCUCAUCUCCCUCCUCCUCCUCUCUUCCACCACCAGUCCUCGCCGCACUUCUCCACUACACUUCCUCAUCACCACCAAACACAUCUAUGUCCUUUCUUGAACUCUCCACCAUCUCCAACAUCAUUCACUCUCAUGGCCCAGCUUGUAACCUCUUAAUCUUUGGACUAACUCACGAAUCUCUUCUCUGGAGAUCUAUCAACUUCCAAGGCCGUACUGUUUUCGUUGAUGAGAGUCCUUACUCUGUUUCUAAAUUCGAACAGAGUAACCCUGGAGUUGAAGCUUACGAGGUUGUUUACUCAACUAAAGUCUCUCAAGCUAAGAAGCUUCUUGGUUAUUACAAGACCCGACCCGAGUGUAGACCCGUUCAGAAUCUUUUGUUCUCUGAUUGUAAAUUGGGUAUUAACGAUUUGCCUAAUUUUGUUUAUGAGAUUGAUUGGGAUGUGAUUUUGAUUGAUGGGCCUCGUGGGUAUGCUUCUGAUUCUCCGGGAAGGAUGGCUCCGAUCUUUACUUCUGCGGUUUUAGCAAAAAGUAAAGAUUUUGGGACGAAGACGAAGAAGACUGAUGUUCUUGUACAUGAGUUUGGGAGAAAGAUUGAGAGAGUGUACAGUGAGGAGUUUCUAUGUGAAGAGAAUUUGAUUGAAGUGGUCGGAGAUUUAGGGCAUUUUGUUGUGGCGGCGGCGGAGGAAAGAGAGAGUUAUGGUGAUGGGUUUUGUCGGAAUUCGACGAGAUUGUCGGAGAGUUUUACGGCGGUGAGUGGUGGCGAUGAAGAAAAAGUUGGUGUUGAUGAUGAGUGAAAAGUGGGUUUGGUUUUUUACUUUUGGUGGCUCUUUUGUAAUUAAAUUUAGCUUUUGAGGUCUUCUUUUUUUUUGUUUUUGUUUAGUCUUUUACUUCAUUUGGUUUUUGAAUUUAGGAGAACGGUUACACUUGAAAGUUAAUAUGUAACUAAAUUCCAAAAAAAAACAAAUGUUACUCUAUUGAUGAAAAAAGCAUCAAAAAACUUGUGAUGAAAUUUAUGGCCGUAUUAAAUUGGGUAAGUAAUUGAGAAUGUAGUAGACCAA